AAACGUCAACAACACGGACAGUGAAGUCUCGCCAGGCAGUGUCGCGUAUCAGUCGUGAGGAACUGGAAGACAGAUUUUUGCGUUUGCAUGAUGAGAACAUUUUGCUUAAACAGCAUGCCCACAAGCAAGAGGAUAAAAUUAAAAGGUUAUGAUAAAAAGCUUUUAGCUUUUUCUCCUGACUCUGUAAAGUUUGGAGGAUAUGCUUUUUUAUAAACUUAAUUGAAAACUCCACCUGGAAUCUUUUUUGGAACAAGGCAGGUUGUAAAUAAAUACAAUUUUUAAAAAUGGAAAAUCUUACAAACUAGAAUAAUAAACCAAAAAGAUGAUGAGUGUUUAUUAUGUCUGAAGUUGCUGUAUGAAAGAACUAAUAGCUAAGAGUGCCACAAGUAUAUCAUAUCUAUAAAUAACUUCUGGUUUAAUAUUUAUAGUUUAAUAAGCAAAUGGCCAAAGCAUCUGUUUUUUAAAUGCCUUGUUUAAAAUGAAAGUUUGAAAAAGUAAUUAGCUGUUCUAACUUGUUAGAAUGCAUGUUCCCUUAAGAUUUGGGGUUUACUAAUGAAAAUGUCACUUCAAUAUCUGGAACAUGUUUAACUUUGCUUGGAUGAGUCUAGAAUCUUUAUUUCAAAGAGUCUCUACUGUUUCUGAAGAAACAUUGUCUCUUGAUUUGUGUGCAAAAAAAUUUUGCUGGGAUAACUUCUUAAGAGUAGAUAUUCUUUCAUUCCUUCUUGUUCAGAAACACCUUGGCUAUCUUCGGAAUGUGUGGCAUUAAAAACAAUAAGAAGCACA